CGACUGUAGCACGCUCAGAUUCUGAAUUUUAUUUUAGAAUCGAGCGCUAUCAAACAAUUUUGUUGACGAUUCCUUCAGAUUAGAUUUUUUGUUUUAUCUUCCCCGCACACUCAAACUGAUGGCCGAUUUUACUCCCCAUCAGAUAUACCCCCAUCUAACUGCUGCUAUGGUUCAAUCAGUCGGAGAGGCUUCUAAUGGUGGAAAAGAAAUUACGACAACCUCAAAACCAAUCCUGCCACCUUGUAAACCUGAUAACAUUGUGUCUCUUGACUGUGAAAUGGUUGGAUGUGGUUCUAAAGGGAGGAUUAGUGCAUUAGGUCGCUGUAGUAUUGUUAACUACUGCGGAGAGAUUGUAUAUGACAGUUAUGUUAAACCUGUUCUUCCUGUGACAGACUAUCGGACAAAGUGGAGUGGUAUAAGAAGGAAACACUUGUCAAAUGCUAUGCCCUUUUCAGAAGCCAGAAAACUUAUCAAACGCCACCUGUCUGGGAAAUACAUCAUUGGUCAUGAUUUAAAGAAUGAUUUUAGUGCAUUAAAAUUUACUCCACAUCCUCUACUCGUUAAAGACACAUCAAAAUGUAUUGCACUACGGCACACUGCAGGUCUUCCAGAUCAUCAAAAACCUUCAUUAAGAACCCUUACAAGUCAAAUAUUUGGUAAAGUCAUCCAGACAGCAUCACACUGUUCAGUCGAGGACGCUAAAGCUGCUCUUAUGCUUUAUAAGAAAGUUGAAGAUCAUUGGGACAAAAAAACAAAUCCUUUCUUGACUGAUACUUAUUGGAAUGAUGUUAAAAAAUAGUGACCCAAUUUUUAGAUUCUACUUUUCUUUUACUAUA